AAACCAAUUGGAAAAAAAGUAGAGUUGUGAGCAAAAAUUCAUUGUUAAACAAUAUUAAAAAAUAUACGCAAAAACCUGUUAUUUAUUGUGCAAAAAGUGUGUAAAAAUAUAAAAAACAUGUAAAUCAAUCAAACGACGCACACAAAUCAAUGAAAAAUUAAUUAACUAUUCAUCUAAAAGCAGACGAAAAAAAUUUGCAAGGAAAAACGAAAAAAUUGUGUUUGCUCAUUAUUUCAUAAAGCGUCUCGCGGGGGCUGUUUGCAUUAUCCCGUAUUAGCAUUUUUUCCAUUGGCUUGUGAAUUCGUUUUUAGCGCGUAAAAACGCUGUGCAUAAAAGAAUAUUUUUUUCUUCGUUGCAGACUUGAUAAAAGAAAAUUUUAAUAUUCUGAAAGUGCCUACUGACCUUGCUUGGAGCAAUCUGCUGUUGCAACUGGUCAAAACUGUACAAAUGAUUGGAAAAUUCCAUGAUACGGUGAUGGAUGAAAAAAGUAUGAUGAAGGUAACCAUUGAUAAAUUUUUUCAAUUACAAAAACGUGUUACUAACUCUGAGGUAAUGCUUGGUGGCAGUGCGGAUCGUUUAUGCACACCAAGCACAUCAGCUGGUCCAUUUCGAAUAUUUUCAGUGGCCGGUUUCCAAAAUCGAACUAAUGAUAUUGUGUAUUGUCCACCAAUUAUAAGACAACAAAAUCAAAAUGUUGAAGACUCUACAGCAGUUGUUUACUUUGGCGGUGAUGUCCAGGAUUUUCCUGAGAGCAUGGAAACAAAUCGUGACAGUCGGGGUUACAUGAAAUAUAAUUUAGAAAAUUCUGCUAUUUUGCUAAGAGAAGCAUUUCCACGUUCGCAUAUAAUAGUCGUGCGUCCAGUGAGAAUGGAAUUCAAGACAUUUAGUUGUUUUGAUAAUUUUGUACGUGGAAAUAACGCUGGUGUGCCGGAUCACACUCCCAUGAACCAUGCCUUGCAACAUUUGGAAAAAUUGUUACAAAAUUUAUCGCAGCGUUUGAUUUCUAUACCAGAAAAUGAAAUAUUGGAUCAAGCGGCGCAGGCAGCAGCAGCUGCUGCUGCUGUAGCUGCUGCAGCCGCUGCUGCUGCCCUGGUAUCAUCCACCCUAUCAAAUGCUUCGUCAGAUUCUUCUUCGUCAUCCUCUAAUGCUAGUGAUAGUAGUCAGGAAAUGGACAUUGAUAUUUUGCAGGUUCAAGAAAAUGUCACUGUUGAUGCAGAUGGUGCUGUUAUCUUUUCCAAUUCUAGUGAUUUAAAUAAUACAUCUUCAAAUAAUAGUGGUGCAUCAGUUGCUGGCACUGAUAAUGAUACUUCAGUGACAGCCGUAGCACCGCUAACUAGUGUUUCGUCUGCUACAACAUUAGCUUCAACUGGUUCUUCUUCAUCGACCGCAGCGGCAACAACUAAUACAACACUACAGCAAAGCGAUGUAACAACACAGUCUCAACAAACUAAUGAAAAUUUACAUUUUAACGAUUUAAACAAUAGCAACGAUUGUUCCUUACAGCAGCAGCAACAACAGCAAACAUCUAAUCAACAGCAACAGAAUCCUUUGUGGUGGCGUGAAAAUCUCAACUUAGACAAAUCAAAAUUGAUUAUAAUCGGCUUUAGCAAGGGUUGUGUCGUUCUCAAUCAAUUCAUAUACGAAUUUCAUUACUUAAAAACACUUACACCCGAUGAUAGUACUAUGGGACGUUUAUUGUCUCGUAUUAAAGACAUGUAUUGGUUGGAUGGUGGGCAUGGUGGUCAAAAGAAUACAUGGAUUACAUCCCGUAGCUUAUUAGAAACCUUAACAAGAAUGGCCAUUAAUAUACAUGUUCAUUUAACACCAUAUCAAGUGCAAGACGAUCGACGACCUUGGAUAAGAAAAGAGGAGAAAACAUUUACAGAUCUUUUAAGACGUUUGGGCGCUCAAGUUACACGCCAUUUACAUUACGAUAGUCAGACAGCCAAUUUAAUGACACAUUUUGAAGUAUUACAAGCAUUUUGCCAGCAUAUACACAAUCAAAAUCAACAACAGCAAUUACACUCGCAACAGUUGCAGCAGCAAGGAGGACAAUUGACACAACAACAAACACAUAACAAUGCACAAAACAAUGAUCAACAGCAUCCACAGCCACAAUCGCAGACGUCUGAAGAAAAGUGACAUCGCC